AUGUCGCCUCCCCCGGCUGAAGGCGACGCGGAAUCGCAGGCCCAUCUCAAGCGUCUGCCCACCGCUGACCAGGCUGUACAAGAUGCUCUCGACCUCGCCGAGCUGGGCCAUGCCGAGACCUUGACGCGCAAGUUCAGCCUCUGGAGCAUGUUUUUUCUUGCCUUCUCCGUGCUAGGAACCUGGUCUACCUUCGCCCAGGGUCUCAGCAGCGGGCUGACGGCUGGCGGGCCCGUUGCCAUCCUCUGGGGCCUCGUUCUCGUCUUCGUCUGCAACAUCUGCGUUGCUGUCUCCCUCGCCGAGAUGUGCAGCGCCAUGCCCACCGCCAUGGGCCAGGCCUACUGGAUCUGGCGCCUGUGGCCCGGCGGCAAGGGGCGCUUCACGUCCUACCUCUGCGCCUGGAUCAACAAGUUCGGCUGGUGGACGCUCUCCGCCUCCCAGGUCGCCUUCAUGACCGACUUCAUGCUGAGCAUGAAGGUUCUGUACGACCCGGACUGGGACGGCGCCCAUGGUUGGGUGCGCUUCCUACUCUACCUCGCCGUGACGGCGUUCGUCACUCUCUUCAACAUCGUCGCCUGCCGCAGAGACGCCAUCCUGCCCAUGUUUAACAACUUUGUUGGCAUAUGUUUCGUCACUCUCUUCUUCGUCUUUUCACUGGCGCUCCUCAUUUCCGUUGGCGUUAAGGACGGCAACUCGUUCCAACCCGCGUCUUUCGUCUUUGGCCGCUGGCUCAACCAGACAGGUUGGAAUGAUGGUGUGACGUGGUUCCUGGGCCUCGUUCAGGCGGCUUACGGCCUGACGGCCUUUGACGCCGCCAUCCACCUCGUCGAGGAAAUUCCUGCGCCGCGCAAGAACAUUCCCCGCGUCAUGUGGCUCUCCGUCACCAUGGGUGCCGUCUCCGGCUUCAUCUUCAUGGUUGUGUGUCUCUUCUGCAUCCAGGACCUCGAUGCUGUCAUCGACCCCUCGACAGGUCUCCCUUUUAUGGACCUGCUCAAGGGUACCACCGGCCUCACUGUUGCUACCGUGCUCCUGUACGCCAAAUCCGACCGUCUCCGAUAUGAACUACGCCCAUCGCGGGUGUUUGGUAUCAUGAUGGUCGUGUCUCUUGGUUUCUGGGUCACCAAGGGCCGCCUGACCUACCUGCGCGCAAGCGAGGCCGAAGAAGUCAUCAUUGAAGCGCGCCGCACUGAGCUAUCACAAGCAGCCGCAGACCACCCCGGGGCCGAAGGCCCCAGUGAUGUCAAGGAUACCACCGAGUCUUUCCGGGAGAGGCGGCAGUCUUAG